CCACAACUUCCGGAAGGAAAAGUUUGCGACGGUUUUUUAUGACCGAACGGAAAAUGGUCAAUUGUUGCUGUUUUCCUCCCUCCUCAUGAAAUAUGCAUUAGGUUAAGGGCACCCGGUGAUUAACCGUUGGCCCUUCUAUUGCCUUUGGUAUUGGGUCAGUGGUUUUACUGCCUGAAGAUCACGGUUGGGUUGGCGACGGACUGGGAGUUUUGAUCGGAACCAUUCGCUGUACCGCCAGGCUUCCAGGCCCUCACAGCUGCCUGCUGGUAUCGCAUUCUUCAGCCGCGGGAGCAACAUGGGUUCGAUGUUGAGUAGGAGAAUCGCAGGGGUUGAAGAUAUAGAUAUUCAGGCCAACUCGGCUUACAGAUACCCGCCGAAGUCUGGGAAUUAUUUUGCAAGUCAUUUCUUCAUGGGUGGUGAGAAGUUUGAUACGCCGCAUCCUGAAGGUUACCUUUUCGGUGAGAACAUGGAUUUGAACUUUCUGGGAAAUCGCCCUGUGCAGUUUCCAUAUGUGACACCAGCUGCUCAUGAGCCUGUGAAGACCUUGCGUAGUUUGGUUAAUAUUCGAAAAGACUCUCUUCGGUUGGUCAGGUACAAGGAUGAAGCUGAUGGUCCCCCUGAAGAAAAUUCUAAGCCGAAAGUGCUAUAUAGCGUGGAAUUUACCUUUGAUGCUGAUGCACGUGUUGCCAUUACGAUCUACUGCCAGGCAACAGAGGAGUUCCAGAGUGGUAUGGCAAUAUAUACAUCAAGGCACCCAUCCAUGCAAUCUGAGACCAUCCAUUACAAGAGAGGAGUGAGCCAGCACUUCUCUCUACCUUCGUUUAAAAUAGACUUCUCUGAGUGGAAGGAAGAUGAGUUAAACUUUGAUCUUGAGAAAGGAGUGUUUCCUCUAGUUAUUCGGGCUGUGGUAGAUGAAGUGGAUGAAUACUCUGGCCAUGCACAUAUUCUUUUGGCUGCAAUGGAAAAACAUGUUGAUGGAAGCUUUUCUGUGAAGCCCUUAAAACAAAAGCAGAUUGUUGACCGAGUCAGCUAUUUAUUACAAGAAAUAUAUGGUAUUGAAAACAAGAAUAACCAAGAAACAAAGCCUUCGGAUGAUGAGAAUAGCGACAACAGCAAUGAAUGUGUUGUGUGCUUGUCUGAUCUACGAGACACUUUAAUCCUUCCUUGUAGACAUCUGUGCUUAUGCAGCACCUGUGCAGACACAUUACGUUACCAGGCUAAUAACUGUCCUAUCUGCAGGCUACCAUUUCGAGCAUUGUUGCAGAUCCGAGCUGUGAGAAAGAAACCUGGGGCUUUAUCACCAGUAUCAUUUAGUCCUGUUUUGGCACAAACUAUGGAUCAUGAUGAUCAUUCGACAUCUGACCAUGUUCCCCCUGGAUUUGAACCAGUUUCCCUAUUGGAGGCUUUGAAUGGACUACGGUCAGUUUCUCCAUCUAUCCCUUCUGCUCCUUUGUAUGAAGAAAUAAACUAUUCUGGAAUUGGAGAUGGUUUGUCUCCAUCUAGCAGACAGCUAUCAACAAUUGACAGGAUGGUAGAUAACUGCCCCCAAAAGCCCAAACUGAGCAAAUCCUCGGAAAGCAGUCUGCGAUCUCCAUCUUCUCCCAUACAAGAGGAAGAUGAGGAAAAGCUUUCUGAAGAUUCUGAUGUUCUGUUACAAAAGAAUGGACCACAGCUCCAGUGUGGAUCAAGCUCCCAAGAGUUCUUUCAUCUAUGUUUAGAUCCAGACUGUACUGAAGUCUGGAGCCAAAUCAACACUGGAGAACUACAAACUAAACCUAGAUUGAGACAACUGAAGAAUCUCCGGAAAUGCACACGCACAGUCCAGUUGACAGACCUCGCUCUGAGGAAAUUAUACAAGAUAGCAGCAGUGAAUACGGUAGCCAUGCUAAAGAAGAUGGUGACACUCCUCUUGCAAUUUCCCUGCCUGGAACUUCGGACUCUACCGAGAGCCUGAAAAGCCAGAGCACCAACAGUUCAUCUCAGCCUCUUCUUGCUGCCUCUAGUUCUGUUCUUAUAGAGGACGAGAGCCAGGUUCGUUGAGCAUUCGACUUAGUAACAGGAUGACCAAUUGCAUGUGCCAUGUAAGAUCUGCUGUCCCUGUAUCAGUUUUGUCUUCAUGACACACUUAGCUGUCUUACUUUAUAAUAGUUCGCCAUUUUUUUAUGGUGUCCUAAUUUAUCAUUUGCACCAUGUAUUUUUAACAUCCAUGUGACCUAAACUUGUUUUCCUCUUUUGCACUUUCCAUAACUGGCAGUUUGACUAACCUAUUCCUCACAGUGGUCAGACUAUUAAUUUGUAAUGGUUCAUGUUCUGUAAUACGUAAUACAAUAUCAUAAACCACAAUUGCUGAUUAGGUACAUUCAUAUUUUACUCCAAAUAAUUGCAUAGAAAACCAAGGCAGCUCAUUGCUCUUGCUCAGAUUUUCAUAUUUAAGGAAGUACAAUUAAAACUUUUUGCAAUUAAAUUUCUCACUUAAAGUGCAGCGCUGAAGAACAACAUGUAAAGCAUUUACUUAUUGCUUCAUUUAAUAUAGAUUGAAUCAAUUUUGGAUUUUUCCAUUAUAAUAAAUAACCAUUGAUAAUGCAUGAUUUGAAAAAAUUACAUCUUUCUUUCUCCUAAAAAAAGUAUCCUUUGUCCUAAAGUUUGUACUUUGGACGGUAUGCUAUCGCCUGUGCAGAAUGUUUUAUUCCUUGUAUAGGUACCUUUUUAAAAACUUUUUAUCUUUCCAAAUACUGAAAUAUUAGAGUUUACUCUCAAGUGAGGUGAACUGUCUUAGUGUGAUUAAUUCUGGACACUGAACAAUAUUAUAGAAUGAGGUAGAAUAGAAGAUCAUCACUGCAGGCCAUUGGAAGUGUGUACAGCAGAUUAUUUUCCACUACCACCUAAAAUAAGGCUCUUUCUCAAGUAAUAUACUUUCUUCUGACCACCUUAACCUUUAAGUACGUUAAAGUUGUUGAAUAUAAUCUGUAGUAGAAUUUUAAUGUAUAGUCUGUGAUAUCUUGUAAUCUGUCUAUCUUUGUGGUGUCUACCUCAUUAACUCAUACAUUGGAACAUCUGUCUGAAGGAAAUAUAACCCACAAUUUUCCAGUGUAGUAAACCUUAACUGUCACAGGGGAUAGGUUCCAGAAAAGGAUGCAAAUCUCAAAAACCAUUUCAUAAGAAAGUCAACGCUGCUUUGUACUUUUAUUGUGGCCAUAGCGACAGGAGGCUUGUGUAGAAAUUGAUCAGCUGGCUCAUUACAAUUUCAUAUCAGACUGAAAAGGGUAAUGGAAGCACAGGGAAUCUCAACAGCAAGGUAUCUGACACAGAAAUAAUCCAAGGAUUGCAAUUAAAGAAAAAGUGAUGAAAAGUUGUUCCACCGGAGUUUAAGCACACCCUCGUCUGAUCCACAGAGAGCUUGGGAGUUGCUGAAAGAAGCUUUUAUUACCUUAGGCAGUCCCUCAAAAAGUACUAAAAGUUCUAAUUAAAAUAUGAUCCAAGUAUAAAUGACGCAGUUAGUAGUUAUCAGGAUAUUCAUUGUAAUUGGUGAAUAUUCUAGUAUUUAAGAAGUGGGUGCUAGAGUGCAUAAUUCCUAGUACAUUAUAAUACAGCUCAGAUGGAACAAUGCGAAAUAUGUCUGGUCAGCUCCUUUUAACCAAAUUGGAGAAAAUAGAUAUAAGAUAUUAGAUAUUGUUGAUGGUGGAUACGGCUUCAACUAGUUUUACUGUGAUGCUCUGGCUUUAUAGCAGCCUGACCUGGAAUGCUGCACCAUUGGGUUUCAACUAUAAAUUUACAAAAUGAAGUAAAUUAACACUAAAGAGGCAAAGUACAUUUAUUAUCAAAGAGUAUAUGCAGUACACAAGCCUGUCUUCCCCACUGUCAGCCAUGAAACCAAGAAAACCAUGGAACUUGAUCAAAGAUAAACAUCAAUCCACCCCCCCAUACACAAAAAAGUGUAAAUGGCAACAAAAAAAAUCGAGUGAAAAACACAGAUUAUAAAACACAAAAUUGACAUAGUCCAGGCAUAUUCAGUUCAGCUCAGUGUUUGUUAACUGUAGGCUGCCCCAAUUAAAAAUUGUAUAUUAACUUCAGACUGCUUUUGACCUAUUUGCUUAAACUUUUCAUUAUGUUUGCAUACAAUUUGCUGAUGUUUUAUGCUGGUACUGCUGAAUGUUGGAUUGGUUCCUAAGGUACUUUCAUUUUGAUUGUCGAGUUUUAAUCUAAUCUCGCCAAAAGUUACUCUUUUGCAUCCCAUUCUGUUCCAUUUUCAUUGCUGUUCACUUGGUUUUCCAUCGUAUUUUUACACAUAAUAUCGAUGUAGAAGUAAAUGAUAAAAAUAUGCAGGUAAAUUAGAGCACAGAUAAAGACAUACUUUAAAUGGUUUAAUAUAAUUCUUUAUCCAGUAUGCACUUCAGAUUAAAUAUGCUGUUUCUAACAAUGCUCAUGAUCUCUUUUCAACUCCAUUCAGCUCUUUUUAAAAAAAAAAGUAGUAAAUGAUUAAGGUUUAUAUAUGCCAAGCAAGAUGUGUGAUGAAACCUUUUGCCGUAUUCAAGUUCUUCUUUAAAAUUUGAAUUUUGGUCUCAUCAAGACUGUGGAGGCGAGGUUAAUACAGCAUAUUCAUUCAGCUCCAUCUGCUGACAUUGUAUCCUUAUUCUGUGCCUUGUACCCGAUCUUAUGAUGAAAGUCACUGUAAUAAAAUCUUGUCAUUUGAUCUGGUAAUAAUGAUUCAGCAAAAUCUUGAAUUUCAAACUGUUUUGGAGGAAAAUAGUAAUUUUCUAUAUACUGUAGUAUAAAUAAAUGCUUAGUUAAAUGUAUUGUGAAAUGGCAUGGAAAGCAUACAUGAACAGCAUAGGGUGGGUUAUCUUGCAGAAUCAUAUUGAUGUAAUUUUGUCCAUUGUAGAUUUUUAAUAUCUAGUCACUCGUUUCCAUAGCGCUUCAUUGCUGCAUUUACUACAGAAUGGAUCUAGUGCAUAAUUUUAAAAGAUUGAAGAAAUUCACUGUAAUUUCAUAUGUGAUUUUACAUUUGUUUGUAGGAUACUGUAUUGUAAUAAAAUGUUGCAAC